AACGAACCCGUCGAAAUGCAAUCGACAUUUAAGUUGAAAUUCUUAUGCCUGUUGUGGCUAACAUUGCUGCAAGUACAGGCACAAGAUAUUGUGCCUGAUUUUCCUGAGGAUUUUGACACAACAACAAUUCCAACCAUCGGCACCACCAGUGGACCUGCCACAGAGCUACCUGCGACAACAACCACAAGUGAGCCAGCCGUAGAACCAACUACAGAUGCACCAUCAACAACAACAACGACACAAAUUGUGACAACAACUGAAGCAGAGGCAACAAUAGAGUUGCCUUUAACCACAACACCAGCAACAACAACCACAGAAGCUGUGGCGAGCACCACUCCCAGACUGCCCUUAUAUCCGACCUAUCCACCUGGCCCGAUACCCACAAGAUCACCUGUUGUACCGCCAUAUAGCACCACCACCAGCAAGAGCAUAUCGUGGGACGAUUCCGAUGAGAGUGAGGAGCAGCUCUGCUAUCUGCGCGUGAAGUAUAAGAGGAGAGUGGUGCGUUUCAGCGGAACUUUUUCCCCGGUGUUUCUGAAAGUCUGUUAUCGCUGCUGUCUUGGCUACGGUGAAUUUGCUGGCUGCAACAAAGUGGAAUAUAGAUCCUGUAUAAAUCGGAUACAGACCAGGUUGAAAAAAUCGGGAAAGUUUCCUUAUCAAAGUGGCGAAUAUAAUGAAUUUAUCGAUGAGCGUUGAUUGACAAGUUUUCGUGCAUUCUUCAAUUUGUAAAA